CCUCGGGACAAAGUCCAUGCCUCAUUUCAAGCAAGCUUCUCUCAUCUCUGUAUCCCAGUAACCUAUCUCAUUCCAAUUUCCAAGCUUGGGGAACCGCAGCUUCUUCCUCAUUUCCAUUCGUAAGCAGCUCGACCACCUCAACCAAAGAUGAAGAUCGGGAAGGCUCCUGAACUCGUGAAGAAGGCAGCAGCGAUGUGCAAGAGCAAGACUGGGGUGCUCGCUGCCAGGCUCCUCAUCCUCGCCUCGCUCCAGCGCCGCGGGAUGGCCACGGCCGCGGUGGUCUCUCACAAGAUUGACGCGCUUAUUAUGGCCGACUGGGAGAGAGUUGACCGCCACAAGGCUCUCGCGCUACGCACGGUCGAGAAGAGACCAGUUGUCGUCCAUAAGGAUGAUUUGGCGGCCAAUUUCCCUCGUCACUUGGGGAUGAUCGAUCAAGAGAAUGGUCAUGGUGGAUGCCAUGCUGACAGGACACUCCAUCCCCUCUUCAACGACGACCACAAUAACUGUCGUUACACUUGCGAUGGUGAUGUGCUACUUGAUUCAUGUGAUCAAGAUGAUGAUGAUGAUGAGCCGUCAGUCCUGGAUGUGAUCAGGAGUAACCGAGAAGUUGAGGGGUUGGAGUUCAAUCUGGAGGAGGAGAUUGAUCAGGCUGCUGAUAUGUUCAUUAGGAGGUUCCGGCAGCGGCUGAACGAGGGAUUUUAGGGUUUUGUUGGCACAUGCAUGUACCCUGGCUAGGGUGUUGUCUUCCUUUCAGGUGCCCACAAAUUAGAAAAUUUUGUAGA